AUGGGCUUGUGGAUGCUGCUGGAGGGUUUUUUGCUUCUUGCAAAUUCUUUGGCGAUCCUGAAUGAAGACCGCUUUCUUGGUCCCAGGGGAUGGAGCAUGUCUGAAGUUUCAGGAAAUGGGCAAACAAAGUCGUUGAAGGGGCAGAUCGUGGGGCUCAUCUACGCCACACAGUUUUUGCGGAUGCCCUUGAUAGCGCUUAAUGUUCUUAUCAUUGUUGUGAAAAUGGUGUCAGGCUGA